AUGCCUCCACAAAAUUUGAUACAUCAUCAUUUAACAAAUCCUUUUGGGUUAAGUUCUUCCAUCGACACAUCAUCCAUACGACUCCAGAGACUUUCUGGAGAGAUACCUCCUCGGUUAAGUUUAAACAUUUCCACCAGAGUGAUCAUCCUUUUAAUUUUCCUUUCAAUUUUGACUUUCCUUUGUACAUAUGUGCCGACAGAAAUGUCAUUCAAUGACGACUCCACUUUCAUGUUUGUGAAAGGAGAAAAAACAAACGAACAAUUAGCAACCAACUUGACAACACGACAAAUAACCACUUCAAGAGUUAAAAAACCUUCAAAGAGAGAGACAUCUAAUAAUUUAUCACUUGUUUACAAGAAUGACUACUUGUCACAACAUCGGUUUACUUAUCUUGUCACAACACUGAAUGGCCAUGUUCAUGCAAUUGAUCAGUUCAACCUUCAAACUCUUUGGGUGGCAGACAAAGUUGGAGGGCCAUUGAUACGUACUUCCAAACAGUACAGCGAGAUCCAAGUCAUACCAUCAAUUAAUGGAAAUCUCUAUUUAUACAAGCAAGGAGAAGGUAUCCAAAGACUUCCAAUGUCAGUGAAUGAGCUUGUAAACAAAAGCCCGUUUUAUGGAAAUGACGGAACUCUCUAUGUCAGUUCAAAAACAAGUGACGUUUUUCUUAUUAAUAUCCAUACAGGAGAAAUUGUGGAAGAUUCAAAAGCUGAUUAUCUUGAUAUUAUAACGCUUGUCAGAGUGAACUACAAUGUCAUGUCAUUGGAUGCUCAUGACAAUUCCCUGAUUAAGUGGAAUUUUACAUACUCUGAAAUUUAUCCUUUAUAUCAAGAAAGAGUGGAAGACAAAAUGGGAGCUCUUUCAACAGUUGACAAUCAUUUAUAUUUAUUCAAACGUAAAUCGAGCAGAAAUAUUGCUGGUACCAUUGGUCAAGCUGUCUCUCUUGCCUUUGAAUCUCAACCAAUGUCUGUUUAUCGUCAGCUAAAUGUUGCUCACAGAAUUACUUCAAGCCCUCAAUCUGAUAAGUAUAGAGACGAGUUUGUGUUCAGUAGGAUUAUCAUGCCUAUACAGGAGCUGUCAAUAUCCAUCCUAACACAACAGAAUGAACAAACGAUCCAUAUCAAGCACAACAAGUUAAUAGAUUCGUUCUAUGCAUUAGAACUUCCAAAAAAUUUGCCACUAGUAAUUGUAUCUGACAAGAAAAGCCUAUCUCUUCAAAGCAAUGACGAUGUUUUAACAUUGCCUUCCAUAGAUGUUCAAGAACCUCCAAGAACAACCACUCUCAACAACAAACUUGCUAACAAUGACAAUCAACUGUUGAUUGAUAAUAAGGUGUGGAACACCAACGAUAUAAUGAAUGACAAGAAGAAUAAUAAUUCUCAUGACCAAGCAGUUGAGAAUUAUACUCUAAUUGUGGAAAACCAAGAUGACAUUCAUCCAAAUAUUGUUCAAAAAGAUGAUCAAUAUUACUACAUAUUGAGUGAGGACGAAGAAAGUGGUGCUCAGUUCGAUCAGAAUUGGCAUGAAAAGUUUACUGUAGCUUUUAUUAGCGCUAGCUUGAUUGCUGUUCUCUCCUUAACUACCAUUGCAAUAGUGAUUUUCAUAAAACAACGUGAAGAACGAAGAAAAAAGAGAAAGGAGAGAGCUUCUGAGGAGGCAAAAGAGGCUUCUGAAAAAGCGUUAGAUUCUUCAGAUACUAAUGAAAAUUCAACAGGCACAACUAGUUCUUCUUCCUCAGGAGCAAUGCCUGUAGCUAGCAACAUCAAUAGUUCCGAAUAUACCAUUGGAAACAUUACACUUUUCUAUAAUGAAAUUCUUGGAUAUGGAAGCAAUGGUACAAUAGUAUAUAAUGGAGUACUGAAAUACAAGAUUAAUGAUUCAUAUAUUGUCAGAAAGGUGGCCGUGAAGAGAAUGUUGAAGGACUUUGUUAAAUUUGCUCAAAAAGAAAUUUCGCUUCUCAUCGAGAGUGAUAGCCACACCAACAUAUUGAGAUAUUACGCACAGGAAGAGGAUGAACAAUUUAUAUACUUGGCUUUAGAACUGUGCAAUGGAGGAACACUGGAACAAUACUUACAGCAACAUCCUGACUUGAGUUAUCCUGAAAGACAAAGAAUACUUAAACAACUUGUGAUGGCUAUUGACCACAUUCAUCAACUGGGUAUUGUUCAUAGAGAUUUGAAACCUGCUAACAUUUUGUUAGAUGAGGAAGGAAAUGUUAAACUAAGUGACAUGGGCCUUGGAAAGCGAUUGGAACAAUAUCAAAGCUCAUUUUAUGAGUUGUCUAGUAUCAUUAAUACACGCCAUGGAAAUAGCGGAAGUAGUAGUAGCGAAGGAACUGGAGAUGAUGGCCAUGCCACUGGAGGAAAAAAACAAGAAUGCUGCCAUUGUUGGAACUAUUGGUUGGCAAGCCCCUGA